CCAUCCCUCAAGCAACUCAAGAUCGUUUUUAGCAUUCCUUCACCAACAAUCAAGAAAUGGCAGAAGGCAUUCUCUUCGACAUUGCUGCACGAAUCAUUGAGAGCUUGGGAUCCCUGGCUCUCAAAGAGAUUGGCUUGCUCUGGGGCGUCACAGAUGAACUUCAAAAGCUCAAGAACACCGUUUCGACAAUCCAAGCCGUGCUUCUUGAUGCUGAGGAGCAAUGGGCAGUGAACAACCAUGAGGUUAAAGAUUGGCUUGAAAAGCUUAAGGAUGUCGUUUAUGAUGUAGACGACUUGCUGGAUGGUUUCUCCACUGAAUGUCUGUUGCGAGAGAUGAUGACUCGGGACAAGAUGGCAAAAAAGGAGAGUAGUAAGGAGGAGGAAGAAGAGCAAAGGGAAGAAAUAUAGGAGGCCGCAAUGUUGAGGCUAUGUAAUUUCACGACAACAAUUUGAACAGGGCCAGCAUGUUUCUUAGCAUGGAAAGUGAUGGUAAUUUGAUUUUUGCUGAACUUGGGAUGAUACUGAUCAUUCUUUUGUA